AUGGAAAAAAAUGCGACGGUUUUGUCUAUUGGAAAAAAGAUUUUACCAUCAUCGGACUGCAAACCAUUGAGCAUCGAACAGUUGGAAGUGAAAAAAAUUCGUGCUAGACAAAUCUUAAAAAAUGCGAAAUACAUUGUUGCACCAAUGGUCGAUCAGAGCGAAUUAGCGUUUCGAAUGAUGAUGCGUUGCCAUAAAGCGGAUAUUUGUUUUUCACCGAUGAUCCAUGCACAUCUCUUCGUAAAUGAUUAUACUUAUCGAAAAAGUGCGUUCACUACUUGUACUAGUGAUCGUCCUCUUAUUGUCCAGUUUUGUGCAAAUGAUCCUGAAAUACUCUUAGCUGCUUGUCGUCUCGUUGAAUCGUAUUGUGAUGGAGUUGAUCUCAAUCUUGGAUGUCCUCAGUUAAUCGCUCGGCGUGGGCAUUAUGGAGCAUAUUUGCAGGAAGAUCGAGAUUUAAUUUGUCGUAUGAUUUCAUACGUUCAUGCUUAUUGUAAAUUACCUCUUUCUUGCAAAAUCCGCAUUCUUGAUGAUAUCAAUGAGACCAUUUCUUAUGCGAGAGCUUUGGAAAGCGCUGGCGCUUGUAUUCUCACUGUACAUGGAAGGACUCGCGAUCAACGUGGGCCUAAUACUGGUUUGGCUGAUUGGAAUGCUAUUCGAUAUGUUAAGGAAUCCAUCAAUAUUCCCGUUAUUGCUAAUGGUAAUAUACAGAUGCCGAAAGAUAUUGAAUUAUGUCUGGAAAAAACAAAAGCUGAUGCAGUUAUGAGUGCGGAAGGAAUUUUGGGUAAUCCGUUUCUUUUUGAAGGACGCCAUACUUUGAACUGGGUAGUCGCUACCGAAUAUUUGAAUUUUGUCGAAUUAUAUGGUGCAUCUCAGAGCUCUAUACGAGCGCAUAUUUUUCGCAUUUGUCAUCAUAGUUUACUUCAUUUCGAGGAUCUUCGAAAAAAAUUGCCAAGUGUUUGUGCAAUGGAGGAAUUUCGUGCUACUAUCAGUGAAAUCGAGUCGCGCGUAAAAAGUACCAAUCCUGAUUAUCUUAAUUAUAUGAAAGCCGAAUUUGAAUCCCCUAAUGCUUAUAAAUUUGCUCAUUGGAUAUGUCAGCCGUACUAUCGACCGGUGAGAAAUGAUGCCGCUAUAUCUGAAUCAGAAUAUCGCAUGCAUAAAAGAGCCAAACUUGAUGAAUUGGCUCAACAAACAGGUCUAUCUAAGCGUCGUUUACGUAAAAUAGAAAGACGCCGAAGGAAUGGUCGAAAUGAACGAGCUAUGAAAAAACCUUAUUUGAAAUGUUUGCAGUGUUCAAUGCCAGCUAGCACUGGAUGUAUUUUUCUGUACUGCAAGAAAUGUUGCCGGUUUAAGACUGCUAUUGAACGAUCUAACUGUGAAGAAGGAAUUGUUCUUAUUUCAGCUCAUCACUUCCAAUUUACCACUAAAAUCCCAAAAUGUUAUCGUAAUGAUGAUAUUUCAUUGAUUCUUGUUAUAAAUGGAACGUAA